AUGGCAGACACCCCAUACCAUCCACAUUUCCCAUCUUCUCAGCUUCGCAGUCCUUCCCCUCCCCUCUCCCCUCUCUCCUCCAUUCCGCACGGUGGCAUUCACCCCGGUGGUGAUCCUCAGGAUUCUCAUGAUACCCAUGAUAUCCACGAUACAUAUACCCGCCGGCGUUCACUACCAUUCGUCUUCUCUCCUCUCCCGAAGAAUACUUCCUCAACCUUCCUGAUACCCAGUACUGCCGAAGGGAGGCCAAUUCCUCUCGACGACUCGACCGCGGCCCAUCGCACAACCGCCCUGCGCCAGCUGAGUCGAUCUCAACCGUCAUCGCGUCAUCGCUACACCGGAGCAAGUAGCUCGCCAAGCAUUAAGAGCACAACUACCGGGACCUAUUCUCAGCCCGUUGUGGUACGCACAUACUCAGGUGUACCACCUUCACCGUCUACCAGGGGCCCAGUGUCCGUCUCUACCCUUUCACCCUCGCCGAAUCCCCAGCCUCAACGUCCUAGUCGAAAUGGGCCAGUAAAAAACAUGGCACGGCACAAGAGAAACGAAAAGACCCGCACCGCGGCCGGUGCCAAGUUGCCUCCUCUCGAAUCAUUUACAUUCAAGAGCAUUAUAGCAGAUAUACAGCAGGAUGUCGGCGCAGAUCUAGACCGCAUAGCGGAGAUUUGUGCGCGCACGAGAUACUCUCUCAGCAACCAGUACGAAGUCCACAUAGCCCCUCAAGGUUCAGGAGCGGGUUUCCUAGGGCCGCCACCCCCGUCGUUUAGACACCAUGCUCACGUUGGACCCACAUUGCAGGCGGUGACAAGCGAUGAGGAGCAUAUGGGCCCCAUUCAACCGAAGAAGCGCAGAAACGCGGCCCGCAGGAGAAGUGUUGCCUACGGUACUCUAGAGACGAUCAUGAGCUCGAGUCGGUCUUCCGACGAGGAUAGGAGUAGUAAAAAACCAGCGGCCGAGAUCGUCGAGGAAGUACGGGGUCGGGUGACCAUGGACAAUAGCGCUAAAGACGAGAGCGGAAGCGCGAACAGUACGGACGCUCAGGCUAGCAGCGAGCAACAUGACGACCAACGGAUAUGCCCUCCAACAAGGUCAGCUCUCUUCGCAGCUGCCAUUAUCGACACUUCUAGGAGUCAAACGCAAGGGGUCGAUGCUUCGCAUAAAGCUCCCGGAGCGGUCCUGUUAAGUGACCCUGCCGAGCCACGGACAUCACGAAAUCACCUUCAGACUAAAACAUCACCUGAAGUGUCUACUGUAAGACAUUACACACGAGACACCGCACCUCGACCCUCUAGGGCUGUUGCCUCAGAGUCCGUUGCAGCGGCAGCAAUUACGAUACCCGAAGAGCCAAGGGCUUCGUCAGGUUUACUAGCUGGAUUUACGACCUGGAUUUCCUGGAAAGGGGCGGACUCCGAUAUAGGUUUGUUAGGUUCCGAAGGAACAAAGGGUUAUUCAUCUUACGCAGAAGGUACUCUAAGAGAAUUGCUCAGGUCAACCGAGUCAUUAAUGGACCCGAAACGGAAAGGGAUUGAUUUAACAUGA